AGUAUUUGCACGUAUCCAUUGUUGCAUAUACAUUGAUUGUACCCAUUCAAGGUUUAAUUAAUAUCAGAACAUGAUAAGCAAUGAGUAUCAGAAAAUUCGCAUGUAGAACAAGGUAAUUGACACAUUUGACAACUUUAAUUAAUUUCAUAUUAUCCACUAAGACAUUUACAAGUAUUGCUAACAGCAUAAUAAUUAUAUGUGGAAAUGCAAGACAUACAUUUAUUUUCAUUAUCUAUGCAAUUUAAACAAGGAUGUGCACAUGCUUAGCAAUUAUUAAGAGAAUUCUUGAAAUAUCCAUCUCUGCAG